UACUUUUCAACAUUUCAAGCCGACUUGUAAGUUGCAAGCAUAACAGCAAGACAGUGCUGAAAUAUGGCAUCUACACUGCCCGGUGCCUAUAAUUUGUCGGCGUCCGUGCCGGACUGGUUGAAUAAGGGAGACAACGCAUGGCAGAUGAUAGCGGCCACGCUGGUGGGCCUCCAGAGCGUGCCCGGGCUGGUGAUCCUGUACGGCAGCGUGGUGAAGAAGAAAUGGGCGGUCAACUCGGCCUUCAUGGCGCUCUACGCCUUCGCCGCGGUGGUCCUCUGCUGGGUCAUCUGGGCCUACAAGAUGUCCUUCGGCGACAGACUUCUACCAUUCUGGGGGAAGGCCGGGCCUGCGCUGGGCCAGAAGUACCUGCUAAAGCAAUCGGCUCUGACGGCGACCACGCAUCACCAUAAGAAAACGGCGAUGGUGACGCCCUUCUAUCCGAUGGCGACGAUGGUUUGGUUCCAGUGCGUGUUUGCGGCCAUCACGGUGAUUCUGCUGGCGGGGUCGCUGCUGGGGAGGAUGAAUAUAAGGGCGUGGAUGAUGUUUGUGCCGCUGUGGCUCACUUUUUGCUACACUGUUGGGGCCUUCAGCUUGUGGGGUGGUGGCUUCUUGUUUCAUUGGGGUGUCAUGGACUACUCUGGUGGUUAUGUCAUUCAUCUUUCCUCUGGAAUUGCUGGCUUCACUACUGCCUAUUGGGUGGGGCCAAGAUCAACCAAGGACAGGGAGAGAUUCCCCCCAAAUAAUGUGCUGCUGAUGCUGGCAGGGGCGGGGCUGCUGUGGUUGGGAUGGGCCGGGUUCAACGGAGGAGACCCUUAUGCAGCUAACACUGACUCUUCCAUGGCAGUCCUCAACACCAACAUCUGUGCCGCCACCAGCCUCCUGGUGUGGACUUGGCUUGACGUCAUCUUCUUCAAGAAGCCUUCUGUGAUUGGCGCUGUUCAGGGCAUGAUCACUGGCCUUGUCUGCAUCACUCCUGCUGCAGGACUUGUUCAAGGAUGGGCGGCCAUAGUCAUGGGCAUUCUCUCAGGCAGCGUCCCAUGGUUCACCAUGAUGAUCCUCCACAAGCGCUGGACUCUUCUCCACCACAUCGACGACACUCUCGGCGUCUUCCACACCCACGCCGUCGCCGGCUACCUCGGCGGCAUCCUCACCGGCAUCUUCGCCGAGCCUGAGCUCUGCAGCCUCUUCCUCCCCGUCACCAACUCCCGCGGCGCCGUAUACGGCGGCUCUGGCGGUAUCCAGGUCCUGAAGCAGCUCGCCGGCGGAGCCUUCAUCAUUGGGUGGAACGCGGUGGUGACUUCCAUAAUAUGCCUUGUGGUGAAGGUGGUGCUACCGCUGAGGAUGCCGGAGGAGGAGCUGCUGAUCGGCGACGACGCCGUGCACGGCGAGGAAGCGUACGCGCUGUGGGGAGAUGGGGAAAAGUAUGAUUCGGCAAAGCAUGGGCUUUAUUCCGAUGAUUCUCUGCUCCAAAAGCCUUCCAGUGGGGCUACUCAGGUAGUUUAGAGAUUUGAAAAAGAAGAUAAAAUGGUGCGUUGAUUGUAAGAGAAUUUAGAAUUGUCUUAUAUGAAUAUUCUUGUCCUCAUUUAUAAUUAUCUGAUUUGAUCCAUGCAUGUUUUUAUCAA